AUGGCACAGACCCUUGAUAUUUUCACCCUGUACCGGCAGAGCGUGCCGGCGGUUCUUGAGCUUGUGCGGUUCGUGUACGCCGAGACAGGGCGCUUUGCUUUUGCGACUGGCCGCCUGCGCACCCUUAUCACAUCCUACAUGGUGUCUGCCCUUGGGCAGCUCGGCGACGAUACAACAUUCGAGGCGCUGUUGGAGGAUGGAGGCGAUUUUGUUUCUGACUUUUGGCGUGCGGCCGAUUCCAACUUCUACGCGAGAAGCCUCCACGGGUACAUCAAGAAUCUCUUCACCGAAGUAUACCAAGACGAAUACCCCGUUCAGCCGGGCAUUUGCUAUGUGCCAUGGGGCGAUCUACCCGUCGAAGAGCUACUCGAAAUCGACCGUUACUGGAGCGUGUCUCUCACAGCCUCUGCGACGGGACGUCCAAGACGACCUCAUAUCAAAUGUCUCAUGUCCGAUGACAUCUUCGAGGGCGACGAUCGACUUAAUCGCGGUGAAAUCAUAACCAUGAUUCAUCUUAUCAAAGCGCGGCUUGAACCCCCAUAUACUACCGAACCGGUCCUGAUCUUCUCUGUCAUGUAUCCGCAUCAUCUGCGUGUCCUGGAGGCGUCGUACAAUGGUGAGAACCUCGUAGUGGGAAAGACGCCCUUGUAUGAUAUGGCAACGUAUAAUUAUGCAUUGUUGGUGUCCCUGGCAAAAUGGUGGUUGGGAUAUCCAGUUCUUGGAGCCCCGUAA